ACUAUCGCUAGGUGGUGUUAUUUACAUUUAGUAUUGACGCUUGACAGUACGAUUCACCGUGCUCGUUGAGCUGCAGUCGACAAAGAUUCUUUUCAACAGGCAUAAACAAAAAUUUCGUUUGACCAGAAAAUAUCCACUUUACUUUUAUAAUGGAGAAUGAUGACAAUCUAUCAAAGCAGAUGGAUGAAAUUGAAGCCCUCUCAGCGAUUUAUCUAGAUGAAUGGAAAACAGAAGAUGAAGCAUUCAGAACAUUCAGUGCAACUAUUACUGAAAGUGGGAGAGUUGCAACACUACUAAUUACCCUACCAGCAGAGUAUCCAGCCACAUCUCCUCCAUUCUACCUUCUGACAGCACCAUGGAUGAAAGAAAAGGAUAGAGAUGAAAUCUAUAAUCAACUAGAACAGAUAUAUCUAGAAAAUGCUGGAGAAAGUAUUCUCCACCUUUGGAUAGAAAAAUUUCGAGAACAUUUACAAAAUCAGGAUUCAAAUGUUGAAAAAGAUGUUCAUGAUGAUACAGUACCGCCUAUUGCAGAAGAAAUUCCCAACAAGUUUAAAUCUUUAGAUCUUGAGGAUUCAAAAGCAGAAUGCCCAUCCAUAAUCAGUGCCGACCCUUUUACAGAAAGGAAAAGUACCUUCCAAGGCCAUGCUGCAACUGUCACUAACACCAGCCAAGUCAAGCUGGUUUUAGCCAAACUGUACGAAAACCGCAAGAUUGCUCAAGCUACCCACAAUAUCUAUGCAUACAGAAUGUACAAUGAACAGACUAAAAUGUGGAUUCAAGACUGUGAUGACGAUGGCGAAACUCAUGCUGGAGGACGUUUAAUGCAUUUACUUCAGAUUUUAGACGUGAAAAACGUGAUUGUUGUCGUUUCCCGGUGGUUUGGAGGCAUUCUUCUCGGUGGCGACCGUUUCAAGCUCAUCAACAACGCGGCGCGUGACGCUUUGGAGAUGGGCACUUACAUCGCUUCGGCCGGGAGUGACGACGUGACCAAGAAGAAAAGCAAGAAAAGGUAGAGACCAAAUAACAAAACAAACACACAACAAGAAUGACACAUACACACAGUUACACACUCCCUCUCUUGGGUGUACACACAUCUUCAUGUUUUCUUUUGUUUUCUCUCUACCGUGUCUUUCUCAUUCCCAAUCCUUUUCUUCUGCCUUUUUGGUUUAUCUUUCUUUCGGUUCCGUUGACUCGGUCCCCUCAGAGGUUGCCCUAUGUCUUUUUACUUUUUAUUUUUUACUU